GACAAUCCGGAGAAGAAAGGCAACAACCGUCAGGUGGAGACAGAUGGGAUCUCAGGAGUAAAAUUUAAGUCGGAGAAGUAAACCUUUCCGACCUGUAACCGACGCGGAAACAGAUAUUACAAUUUAGUAAGGUAACAUUAUGCAGAAUAUUAACGAAACGAGUCAUUUACAGCAACGGGCGACCCCAAAGAUUGACAGUGCUCUGGCAUGAAUUUCUCUGAAGUCUUCAAGCAGUCCAACCAGCUGUGCAAAGUCUCUCCGGAUGGAAAGUAUUUGGCCACCUGUGUUCAAUAUCGCCUUGUGGUGCGUGAUGUCAACACACUGCAGAUCUUGCAGCUGUAUACCUGUCUGGACCAGGUGGCCCACAUGGAGUGGUCUUCAGACUCACUCUUUAUCCUCUGCGCUAUGUACAAAAGAGGGCUUGUACAGGUGUGGUCUCUGGAGCAGCCAGAAUGGCACUGUAAGAUAGAUGAGGGCUCGAUCGGACUAGUCUCCUCACGCUGGAGUCCAGACGGACGUCACAUUCUCAACACCACUGAGUUCCAUCUGAGAAUCACUGUGUGGUCUCUUUGUAACAAAUCUGUGUCAUACAUCAAGUACCCUAAGGCCUGCCAGAAAGGGAUGGACUUCAGCGCAGAUGGGCGCUACAUGGCUUUAGCUGAGCGACGAGACUGUAAAGAUUACAUUAGCAUAUUUGUGUGUGAUGACUGGCAUCUUCUCAGGCAUUUUGAGACAGAAACACAGGACUUAGCUGGAGUGGAGUGGUCUCCCAAUGGCUGUGUGCUUGCAGUGUGGGACUCGUGUCUUGAGUACAAGAUCCUGUUGUAUUCCCUGGAUGGGCGUCUGUUGUCUACUUACAGUGCUUACGAAUGGUCACUGGGUAUCAAAUCAGUUGCCUGGAGUCCCAGUAGCCAGUUCCUUGCCAUCGGCAGCUAUGAUGAGAAGGUUCGGAUUCUGAACCACAUCACCUGGAAGAAACUCAUCGAGUUUGAACAUCCAGCUACAAUCACCAGCUCCAAAGCUGUGGUGUUUAAAGAGGUGGAGAAAAGACCUGUCGUUGGUACUGAAAAUUUAUCCAUUCAUCAGAUCACCCUGGGCAGCUCCCUCUUCAACACUCAGAGCAAAUAUGAAAUUGCUUCACUACCAGUCCAGGUGACAGUGGUAAAGCCUGAUCUGGACCGUGCCAACCCCAAAAUUGGAAUCUCUGCUGUUGCUUUCAGCGCAGACAGUCGCUACCUCGCCACAAAGAAUGACAACAUGCCGCAGAGCCUGUGGGUGUGGGACAUGCAACGACUUGGCCUGCAGGCCGUGCUGGAGCAGACUGCCCCUGUGCGCUGCUUCGCCUGGGACCCCCGAAAACCCCGUCUGGCCCUUUGCACCGGAAAUGCCAAAGUCUACCUGUGGUCAUUGGCCGGCUGCGUGUCCGUGAAGGUGCCGGUGGAAGGUAAUUUUCAGGUGCAGUCUCUGUUCUGGCAUGGCAGUGGAGACUCACUGGUUCUGCUUGGGAAAGACCAGAUUUGUCUGUGCUACAUGGCUACAGAUGAGGAGAAAUGAGCAGCGGACAGGAGCACCAGGCCCACACCCUAAAUCAGCACUCCAGCUGACCUGUGGCAGCCCUAGUAAGCGUGUCUAGGAAAGGCCAAAGUUCAGGGUGCCCUAGUGCAUCUGGGGCUUGCUGUCUGAACUCAGAUUUUAACUUUAUCUGUUCUGAAGGGAACUACAGCUGGUCUUAAGUUACAGGAAAAUGGCACACUUGUUCUAACGUACAAAGAAAUGGUCCGAGGUCUAGGGAGCCAACAUCUUAUAUGUUGUUUAACCAACAACAAAGCACACAGUGUCAUUUUAUGUCAAGUGUAGACUUUCUCUCGUUUGACUGAAUUGAACAGAACAUAUUAGUUGUAAGAUCAUCUUGACUGUUAGUAUUGAAAUAUGUUGAACCUCUCUGACCACAAAUGCUUAAAGCCUAGCGUAUAUUGUAGCAACUCAAUGGGCUAGUAAGGUGUAGAGACUUUUCAUAACACUAGUAUGACAAAAUGCUAGCAGGUUGUCUUCCGCUGUGGCCUGAAAGACUCCAGUUUCUCCCCCAGUUCACUAAAGUUUCCUACAAAAGGCUGCGUAAUUGUAAUGCAGAGGUACUAAUAUGUCAGUUCGUAUUGCAAAACAUAACAGGCCUGGACACUGGAAUGUUCAGUACUGUUUGCCUUCAUAUACACUCCUUCUUUCCAUGAAAUCAAUUACUUAAAAUAAUCAUUGUUCACAAACAAAAAAAAAUAGUAUAGACUGUUGAGUUCAAACACAUUCUUGUGGCACUGCUUCAGUACAGCAGCAGUCAGACAAUGCAAAUUAAUUAGCUCUAGAAUUCAGCUGAUAAGUAAGCAUAUAAGCUCCUGCUCUGUACUUGUUACACUCAUCCUCUCAAAGUAAUGUUGUCCAAACAGUUCACAGUAAAAAUGUCACUUUGUUUUGACAGCUUGUUUUUCUCAGGUCUAUCUGAAUGUAAAAUUUUAAGGACCACGUAGGAAGGAGGCUAUUUUUUAUGUGUAAAUUUAGAAGUUAGGAUUAUUUUUGUACAUUUAGGAUUAUUUUUUAAUAAAGUUUGCUACAAAUUCAA